UUAUGAGGCAUCACUUGUGCCCUGGAUGCAUUCAAUAUUCUACCCCUUAAGAAGCGGUUAAUAUUGCUUCCUCGUUAAUUGAAUGCGCAUUUUGUCCAUGUGUUACAGUAAUACGGAUUCGGCGUAAUCGAUAUGUCACGUAGCACGUUUGUACGUAGGUAGUCAAGAGUCAGACUGAUGUUUGACGUGCUUUUUGGUUUCGGUUGCUGUCGUCAAGUCGCUGGGUGCUAAACAUCCACAUUCUGAGAGGUAGAAAUGCUGAAAUAGUUUUUUUUCUCUUUGUUUUACUUCAUUGGCCAUUUACAAACUGAUGAACAAGAUUCUUCCGGAUACAAGUUGGAAAUAUCUCUGAAGUUCAUAAUCUCAUAUUUAAGUGACUUUUACUGCACAUUGGCUUAAAUCUGGAUCCUCCCCAUCCCUCCACUUGUGCAACAUAUCCGUCACCUCAGCACUGAAGGGAACUGUCACAGAAGUGAAUUGUGACCUCAGUUUAAACAGACACAGAUGCCUCGAUGGGGGACUUGUGCCAGCAAGCACUUUCGUUGGUCAAGCCCAGUAGCUCAAGGGCUGAUUUUGUGUGUUUUAACCUUUGGAGUGAUAUUGCCUAUAUUCUGCCAUCGUGUACUCUACUCGCAUUAUUUUUUAAAGAAUGUCUAUCUUGACUCACUAAGCGAUGCAUCACUACAAAAAAGCUACAAGAGAGGUCAGGAGGCCCUGCAUUUCUGGGAGAGUGCUGACUCUACGAAAAGCCUGAAGGACUCGUUGGAAACAGAUGCUAAGGAACCAGAUCUCCUGGUCACUAUUGUGACAGCCAGGAGAUCAGAGGGAAAGGACUACCACUACCUGUUACAGGUGGCACACCAGCUCAAAUCGCUCCUUAAGGCGUGUGGUGAUAAACCAUGCGCUGAGGUCAUGCUCUGUGAUGUCGAAAGUGGUCCCGCUUUGAACGAGGAUACUUUGCUUCUGGAGAAACAGUUUUUGGUUGUUAGACGUUCUCCAGAUGAGAAAUGGCAUAGCAAAGAUGUGGGCAACAUCUUCGAGAAGGAGAAAAGAGAUUACGUCUACUGCCUGCGGAAAGGAUGGGACCUGAUGAGGCCAAAAAACACCGUUGUCCUAGAGGAUGAUGCACUUCCCAUGACCGAUUUCUUUCCGUUGAUUAAAAACUUACUCUCACGGAGAUUUGCCCGCAACACUUUAUACAUAAAGCUCUACCAUCCGGAACGUCUGCAGGGAUACUGGAACCCGGAGCCGUAUCGCAUUCUUGAAUGGCUGGGUCUCGGCCUGUUUGGGGCUACAAUCCUCCUCUUGUUUUCUCACUGUACACCUCUUUCUUUUACCUUCUCACCUCUUCAUCUUCUCUUUCUAACUCUCUACAUAAUGGCAGUGGCUGAGCUGGCAGGGAGGCACUAUCUGCUGGAGAUCAGACGGCUCUCACCCCAGCUGUAUGCUGUGUCUCCUGCCACUGAAUGCUGCACCCCUGCUAUGCUGUACCCAGGUAAUGCCUCCAUCCGAGUUGCCGAAUACCUGGACCAUGCCGUCUGUGCUCAGGGUAAUGCAAAAGACACGGUGCUGUACAAGAUAGCCAGGUCGACGCCAGGUGAGAAGGCACACAGCGUUGAACCCAAUAUCAUCAAGCAUAUCGGGGCUUACUCCUCCAUCAGGAUAAACCCUGUUCUACCAAAAUUAAUUUGACAUCAGAAUGUUUCUUUCUUACAGACGUUGAAUAUAAAGCCCAUUUUAGGCACUGUUUUUAAAUAGUAAUUUACAUUUUAUGGCUGAAAGAUGAAUAUCUUUUAAGAAAUCACAGCUGGACGUUAGUCAAACUUUUUUGAAGUUGUGAAACCGUUUUCUGCUCACUUUGCCUGAUGUAUGGAAAAACUGUUAUUAAUCAACAUUUGUCAGUUUACAAUGCAUAAAAAUGGAUUUUAGCUUCAGAAGGGAAUUCAUACACUUUAAAAAUAUUUUCAUUAUUUGUUAACACGUUUUUUCUUUUGUCAUAUCAACUUAGAUGAUUAAUGUAAAUUUCAAGUUUACAAAAUUUUAAGGCAACUUAUAUUUUUAAGUUAAACCAACAAUUCUCUUUUUUUCUUUCUUUCUUUUCUUUCUUUCUUUUUUUUUUUUUUUACAGUGAUAGGGUUAUGAAAAUUAUAUCUAUAACUACAAAUUAAAGCCAAAUUUGCACAUUUAAACACUUUGAAAUUAAGUGAAAAAAUUGUCAUAAUUUCAAAUCAUAUUUAAAUUGUUCUUUAUAUUAAACAUAAACAGUAAAGGAUUAUCCUAAGAAAUAUAUUUUUUUAAAAGGAGAUUGUUUACAUUUGUAUUGUUCUUUCACUCAAUGGCAUUUAUAGGGAUCACUUUUGGUAAAAUGUAAAGUGUUACAGUCAAACAAGUUUUUCUUGUCAUAUCAACUUAGAUAAUUAAUGUGGUUCAGAAAACACUUUUGAGUUUCUGUUGAUUAAACCAAUCACCUUCAUUGUAUUAACUCAAAUUUUUCAUUUCAAUGAACUAAAAAUUUUAAGGCAACUUACAUUAAGUUAAACCAACAUUUUUUUUACAGUGAUAGGGUUAUGAAAAUGAUUUUAUAUCUAUAACUACAAAUUAAAGCCAAAUUUGCACAUUCAAACACUUUGAAAUUAAGUUAAAAAAUUGUCAUCAUUUCAAAUCAUAUUCAUUUUUUUUUUUUAUUAUUAUUUUUAUAUUCAACAUGAACAGUAAUGGAUUAUCCUAAGAAACAGGUUUUUUUUAAAAAAGGAGAUUGUAUACAUUUGUAUUGUUCUUUCACUCAAUGGGAUUUUGGUAAAAUAUAAUAAAGUUUUACAGUUGUUUC